AUGGAAAACAGACGGGAUGCUUUAAUAUGCUUUGUCCUGGUUUUGUCCAAGUUACCCAAAUUUACUCCUGAUAUGCAAAUACCUAACCCGUCUAUUUAUGGAAAGAUUUUGAGUGAUUCCCGAUCUCGUAUAUAUUUGAAUCGUAUUGAGAAUAAAUGGUGUUAUUCAAUUCUUGGAGACAUAAUCGGAUACUGGCCGGCAAAACUUUUUCCAUUAUUUGGUAACGUAUGUGCAGAACGUAUAUACUGGGGAGGUAAUUCACGAGAGAGUGAAGAUGGACAUGAUCCUCAAAUGGGAAGUGGUCACUUUCCACUUGAGUAUGGAUAUGGAAAACAUGGUUCUUAUUUUACAUCCAUGCAGUAUUACAAUACAUCUGGCUUUCUUUUAGAUCCCAUUGAAAAACUGAUGACAAAAGUUCUUGAUUGCAAGACAAAUUAUGACGUAGAAUAUUUUGUAUUCGUGGAGGAAGUGGGCCAUAGCUUGCAAUAUGGAGGACCUGGAGGAAAAUGUUAA